AUGUGGACCACUGUUGUGUUAAGACCUGCCUUGCGCCCCAAAUUGCAUGGGGUGACCUUGGCAGUACCACUGGAGAGCACCCUGCGCAUGUUGCGGUCUGGAUCCGGUGACUUUAAUGUGCAAAUACAGGCUGUAAAAACGGAAAAAUACAAGACCAUUGAUGACCUGCCAGGACCUAGUCUUUCCACCACCGCGUAUUGGCUUUUUGUGAAGGGAUAUGCUGACAAAGCUCAUGCAAUGCAGGUCGAACAUCGGAAGCUUUACGGUCCAAUCUGGAGGUCGCGUUUCGGCCCUUUUGACUUGGUGAACGUUGCCUCCCCGGAGCUGAUCCUGCAGGUGAUCAAGCAAGAGGGUCAGUACCCUAUCCGCACCGACCUGCCCCAUUGGAGAGAGUACCGCGACCUGCGGGGGCAGGCUUACGGACUUCAUGUGAACGAGGGCCCGGAGUGGCACCGCAUCCGCAGCAUACUGAACCCCAAGAUGCUGAAGCUGAAGGAGGUGUCGGGGUACGCCCCGGUGGUUCACCAGGUGGUGGGCGACCUGCUCCAGCGUCUGGAGAGCUUGCGGCAGCGCAGCCCUGACGGGGCCACCGUCAGCAACCUCGCCGGGGAGCUGUACAAGUUCGGCUUCGAAGGCAUUUCCGCCAUCCUGUUUGAAAGCAGGCUGGGAUGCCUGCGGGAGGACAUCCCGGAGGACACCCUGCGCUUCAUCGCGGCGGUGGACAGCAUGCUGACCCUGUCCCAGACGGUCCUCUUCCUCCCCCUCUGGACCCGCAGAAUCCUGCCCUUCUGGAGACGCUUUGUCCGGGCCUGGGACGACCUCUACCACAUCGCCCGGAAGCUAAUUGACAGGAGGGCUCAGGAGAUCAACGAGAUGGUUGAGCGGGGUGAGGAGGUGGAAGGGAUGUAUCUGUCCUACCUGCUGUCCAACGAGAAGCUGUCUCUGGGGGAAGUGUACAUCAGCAUCGCUGAGUUAUUGCUGGGUGGCAUCGACACGACAUCCAACACUCUAUCCUGGACACUCUACCAUCUGGCCCGGGAUAAGGACAUCCAGGAGCGGCUGUACCAGGAGAUCUCCUCUGUGUGCCCAGGGAUGCAGCUGCCCUCCAGGGAGGACCUGACCAGGAUGCCCUACUUGAAGGCUGUCAUCAAAGAAAUAUUGAGGAUGUACCCGGUGGUGCCUGGAAACGGCCGUCUGACAGUAGACAACGAUGUUGUGGUGGAUAACUACUGGUUCGCAAAAAAUACUCAGUUCCACCUGUGCCACUACGCUGCCAGUCACCUGGAAAGCGAGUUUCCGGAUGCCGAGCGGUUUAUCCCGGAGCGCUGGCUGAGGGGGAACCCGGCCCAGUCCCGCCACCACCCCUACAGCUCCAUCCCGUUUGGGGUGGGGGUCCGGGCCUGUGUGGGCAGGAGGGUCGCUGAGCUGGAGAUGUACUUUGCUCUGUCCCGGUUGCUUCAGCAUUAUGAAGUACGGCCGAGUAACUUUGCUCAUUCCCUGGAGCCCAAGACACGGACGCUCCUGGUCCCAGGAGCUCCCAUCAACCUGCGUUUCAUCCCCCGAGUCUAA